AUGGCUGCCAUGGCGUCACUGCUACUGGUGGCUCUUCCGGCGGUGGCUAAAGCUUCAUCCGCUCCAACAAGCCUUCUGUUCGAGAAUGACGGAAACUGGACUGCUCAUACAGAGCGACCGAGUGCUCUUCUAGUGCAUACACCUGCCCGGCGUGGUCAGGCACAAUCUAUCUGUGAUAAAUAUGAGGAGCAAUUUCUGCGAUGCGAUGACGUUACACCAGUCACACUAUCUGGUACAUCUACCGCUGGUGAUGCAUCUUCGGAUGGAGAGUGGCCUUUUGUCUGCACCAACUCGGCUCCACUGGUUGACCGUGUCGACACCGAUUACUCCCCCUUUCCUCGGGUCAAUGCGACGGCAGGAAACAUCACCUUCGAGGGUCUCCGUGAUUAUUUGACAUUUAGAUUUGCCGGUGUUCCGUUUGCGCAGCCGCCAAUUGACACACGCCGUUUCAAGUAUGCCGCAGCCUGGGAUGCGACCAGUCCAAGUAUAUGA